AUGCUCACGCUCUACGCCAAGUACCUCGAGGUCAUGCAUCACGUGUUCCUUGGCGCAGACGUGGACAUUCCACGCAGAGUCUUAAAGCCAGGGAACCCAGACCAACCACCUGCGCCUUUGCGUGUCCGUCGCUCCAUGGGAUCGAGACAGCUCAGCUUCUCGACGGAUGCCGACUGUUCUGAGAACGGGAUCGCUAGUGGAAACUCUACCUCUGGCGUCCGCGACGCUUGCAAAGUCACAUUCACACACAUUCUCGAGCAGCUGAAUCCGAAGAGAGACAGCACCAACAGCAAAGGCAUCCCCUGGCACAAGUCCACCCACGGCACCGAAGCUUUGGCGCAGACGCUGGACCUUCUCAACCACCUUUUGCGUGUUGCGCCAACUGCCGACAGCAGCCGUGGCAAAACACCGCGGCGGUAUCAAUUGGGGCGGUCGUUCAGGCGGAUGACGCGGUCACACCGCAGAGCAAAUGCAAUUGCCAUGGAGCACUCGGGCGCCAUUGAUGUCGAUGACCUUGAGAGCGUGUUGGCCCACGUGCUUCGUGUCAUCGAGCCCUUCCUUCCAGGGAAGAAGACAGUCACGGGCGACGAAGAGGCCGUUGGGCAGUGCCUGCUGUCUGCAUUGAAGAUUGUGGAGCUUGUGAUUGAGGAAGCCGCCAACACCCGACUCAUGGCUCUCAUGCAAGAUUUCUACUGCAGCGAACACCCAGAGGAAUACCCGCACAGAAGCAAGCAAAGGAAACAGACCGAGUUCAAGCAGCUGCGUGUUGCCCUCGAAGAGGGGAAGUUGUCUGAAUCUGAUGCACUGGAGUAUGUGGUCGAAUUGCGCGGCAACUUCAGCUGGCUGACACCCGAAUGGAAGCCAAGGGACAGCAACGCCAGCAGGAGCAUCGUCGACUUUCUCAUGGGCAUGGCCACUUUCGACAACGCGCGGGUCAAGGCGAUAGCACCGCGCCUCGUGCAUCGUCUCUUCUACAUGAACGCAGACCUGUUGGCUGACGCGCGGGCAGCGUGCUUUGCAACAGAUGAAGGCACGCGCGAGCUGCACCAGCAGCUCAUCAGCAUCGUUCCCCAGCUGCGUCAUCUUGCCGCUGGGCUUCUCACCGGUGACCAAGCCAACAUGUACACGACACAUGUCGCGGACUUGAUUGAUGAGUGCUACGAAGGAAAUGACACAGAUGAGCAUGACACGGAAGAGCGGCCCGUCCGGCAUGACCGCCAAAAACUCGUCGUCAACGCCGGUGUGCCUGACAUCCUUUUCGAUGUCCUCGACAAGUUGAUGUUCUACAACAUGGACGUGAUGCUGGGAAACGUGAAAACUCGGGGUGAGGUCAACCCUGGCGAUGAUGAGCAGCACUGGGAAGACGCGAUGGCAUUUGCACUGACGGAGGCGUUUUCAUACUUUCCGCGACUUUGCUUCACAGUGCGCAACGACCAUCUUAUCAAGCUUGUGCCGAUCCUGCGGAGGAAGAAGUGCAAGGUGCCACACUUGCUCUCACUCUUGAGCGCUGUGACCAAGGAAGAAGUUCAGGGCGUCCCCUUGGAGCGCAAUCAGGCCAUGAUCAUGCAGUUUCUUACCAAGAGUCGCGCGGAGCUGUUGGAGCCCAUCAACACGUUGUAUGGCAAGGGCGAUACACCAAGCAAGCAGGACGAUGUGUCUGACCCUUCUGCAGCUCAGGCAGACAUUGAAAUGUACAAGUCCAAGCUGCUGCACUUGCUUGCCGACUGCGCCAGCGGCAAGAAUGGGCUGGCAGAGAACAAGUGCAGGGAGUUCUUCAGCGCCGACGAUAUCAUCCGAGACCUUGAGGAUAACGCUGUUCCACUGAACAUCAAGACUGCCGGCUUUCGGUUCAUGCUCUGGGUGAAUCUGGCGACAGAGAAAGCCAACGAAGACGUCCGAAACUUCCUUGGGCGUCUAUGGCGCUGCGUUGUCAAAAUGGCCGAGAAGUUGCAGGCUGAUCAGCGGCUAAUGUCGAAAUUGCACACGUUUCUGCACGAGACUUAUGUUCCGUUUGUUGAGCAGCUACUGAUACGCAGUGACAGCACCGGCAAGGCAACACAAGGACAGGUUACCCCCAAUAUUGCUGCGAGGUUGGAUGCCAUGGCCAAGCAAGAACCAAAGCCCGAAGCUAUUACGGCAAUUACGAGGGCAGACUGGGCAGUCCUCAUCCGCAUGCUGACGAUGUUGUCUGCGUUGAAGAACGGUGGAGCACACGUCAGUGAUGACUACAAGCAAGACGGUGCCCGCGCUCACAAGUCACUGGAUAAAGCCUUCAAUGCAUUUUCGCAACAGCUGCAUCGCCUUCUCAACAAAGACACUGAGUCAGGUGGCAUGCGCGUCGUUGAAACACGCUGCCUGGCAUGCGGAAAAGAAAAAGAAACCAGAAGUGAAAUCGAGCUGCCCCUCCCCAAGACACAGGAGUUUGAGGAUGAGGUGAACCUCUUCGCAGAAAACCUGGCCGCCGCCACAGAUGAGCAUCAGGAUUGGGUCAAGCAUCUCAUUGACUCCCUCGAAGCGGAACCUGCGCGGGACAAGGCGGUUCAAUGGCAGUUUUCUGAUCGCCGUCGUCAAAUGACGACCAACUGUCGCACCAUGCGUGUGAUUCGUGGGAUUCUUCAGAAGCACGCCGAGUCUUCUCCACACGCUGAUAGCUCUGACUCGAGCUCCUUCGAGAGUCUCCAGAACAGGCUCUCCCCGGCAAUUGUUUCUAUUGUGAAACUCUUUAGGACUGAGAGCCUUGAACUCUUCAGGGAGGGCAUUGCCACACUCACGCCUCUCUUACGGAAUGGAAACAAGCUUGUGCAGGUCUGA